AUGACUCCCAGCACCACACGGGAGUUGCGUUACCGCGAGGCCAUUAACGAGGCCCUGCGCCAGGAAAUGGAACGCGACGAAACCGUAAUUAUCAUGGGUGAAGAGAUUGCCGGUGGAGCAGGACGCGAGCAUCUGGGUAUCGUGGAUGCCUGGGGUGGUCCCUUUCGCACCACCGUGGGACUUAUCCAGCAAUUCGGCAACCAGCGGGUGCUGGAUACUCCUCUUUCGGAGGCCGCCUUCGUUGGAACUGCCAUAGGCGCGGCUUCCACCGGUAUGCGGACCAUAGCGGAGUUGAUGUUUGUCGAUUUUGUCGGCGUGUGCAUGGAUCAGUUGCUGAAUAACGCUGCCAAGAUGCGCUAUAUGUUCGGUGGCCAGGUAAAGGUGCCCUUCACCAUGCUGACUCGAAUCGGCGCGGGAUUUGGCAGCGCCGCUCAGCACUCCGAGUCCUUCUACUCCAUUUUCAGCCACAUUCCGGGAUUGAAAGGUGUUGUGCCCUCAGACCCAUACACGGCCAAGGGUUUGCUGAUUGCGGCUAUCCAGGACGACGACCCGGUGAUCUACUUUGAACAUAAGGGCCUUUACGGUGACAUGGGCCCAGUGCCCGAGGAGCCCUAUGCCAUACCCAUUGGCAAGGCCCGAACCGUCCGUUCCGGCAGUGACAUCACUCUUGUGGGAAUUUCUCGCAUGACGUGGGUGUGUACCGAGGCGGCCGAAGAACUGGCCAAGGAAGGCGUAAACGCCGAGGUGGUUGAUCUGCUUAGCGUUUCGCCCAUCGACUACGACCUGAUCAUAGACUCUGUCCGCCGCACCCACCGCCUGGUGGUUGUUGACGAAGAUACUCCCGUCUGCAGCUUAGCAUCGGACAUCUGUGCCCGGGUUGCAGAAGAAGCCUUCGAUUACCUCGACGCACCACCGUCCCGGGUAACUGCCCCCCAUACACCCGUCCCCUACAGCCGUCCGCUGGAGAACCUCUAUGUCCCCAACGCGUCCAGGGUGAUAAAGACGGUUCAGGGCUUGGUGAGCAGAGGAUAG